AAAUUCAUAGCAUUUCAAAAUGUUCAGUCAAAAUAUGGCAACCAGUGUUGUUGGGUGCUUAUUUAACCUUCAACUGCAAUCUUUAAAAGUAGGCAAAUUAAGGCUUUCAGACACGAGUUGCCUGAAUUCCUGCAGUACAGCCGCCCUAAAAUGUCUUUUCAGUUUAUUUGAUGAGGUGCUGUUGACCUUGAUGCCCAUCUACACUAUCAGGUGCAUACACUUCUAAAGACUUGACAUAGUAUUUGCUGCAUUCUCAUGUCUGUCAAAUCAUAGAGCUGCCACAAUAUUGCUGACACAGGUGAUAGUUUUCUACAUAUCACAGUGACUAACCAGACCACAUUGUACUUGUUUAUCGGGGUAAAGAUACAAACCUGGGCUCCCAUUAUUGGCCUGUUGAAGAGUCAAGAGAAUUAAGAGGGGGGUAGGGGCCUUGAGUAGAAUACCUUUUUUUUUUGGAGAGCUGCAUCCUUAAUUACUAGCAGUAAAUAACUUAUCGAAAAUCGACUCUCACUUCCCUUCACAAAUCAGUCAUCCAUUUGUCAGAUUCAAGUAAUGUGUGUCAGAUUUAAGCAAAUUACUUACCCUGCCUGAGCAGAGCGGAUACAUUGUUAAGUACAGCCCAAAAGGAUGUGGUUGAGUGAGAUCGCGUAGCGAAGGAGUUGCACUUCUUUCUGCGGAACUGCGCAGUGUUAGGUUCACUUUUUAUUUUUAAGUAGAAAACUCUCUGGUAUGAGCUUGGGCAUACCUCUUUUUUAUUUAUUUAUUUUUAAUUAUUUUUUUGUGAACGUGAUGGAUUUGUGAAAAGGAUUUGAUGUCAAAGAAGAUGGAAAUGGAAGACGGCUAUGAGACCAAGACAUCUUGGUCACAAAGAGAAAUGCCGUCCACCCCUACCAUAUGUGACCAUGCAGGAAAGAAGAGAAAACAAGGUUUGACCCCUGACCCUGUGAUCAGAAUUAUAGAGGAUGAGGAGGAGGAGGAGCCGCAAGUACAGGAUGAAAUGCUGCCCCAGCUCAUGAAUGACUCAGAGGAGCCUAGCAACAAGCGGGUCAAACCUGUGGUCAAGUCAAACAGCCUAACAGGGGUCAUCUCCCCGGUAAAGACGCCUGCUCUCAAACGCUUUGGCCAGUCCAUUUCGCGCUCCAUUAGUUUUCGUACAGAGGUGCGGCCCUUGCCCACGCCACCCUUGCGCUCUCGGACAAAGGGCACAUCUUUUCCACGGAGACGCAACAGCCAGUGUUGGAGUGACACUGUAGAAAGUCACAACCUCACCGCCAAGGAGAUCAAACGACAAGAGGUGAUCUAUGAGCUGACUGAGGGGGAGCGACAACUCAUUGAGGAUCUUAGUCUUGUUAAGAAGGUGUAUUAUGAGCCCAUGCUGAAGCUGGACAUCAUGUCCGAGAGCGAACUCAGGCAGAUUUUUGGGACUCUAGACUCUCUCAUUCCUCUCCAUGAAGAUCUGCUGAGCCGUCUUGAGCGUCUGAGGGGAUCGAAAAAAACUGUGGGCGAAGUGGCUCCCACUCUCAUGAAUUGGUUUCCUUGCCUGGAGGCCUACGUCACAUACUGCUGUAACCAGGUAGAAGCUAAAGCCCUUCUGGACCACAAAAAACAAGAGAAGCGUGUGGAACAGUUCUUGCGCCUCUGCCAGGAGUCAUCGUUUAGCAGGAAAUUGGACCUUUGGAACUUCCUGGAUCUCCCUCGAAGUCGUUUGGUGAAAUACCCUCUUUUGCUCAAAGAGAUUCAAAAGUGCACACCAGCUGAGCACCCAGAUGAGUUCACGUUGCCUAAUGCAUUGGAAGUGAUCCACAGCAUUGUGGCAGAAGUGAACAAGAAGACAGGCGAGGCCGAGUGUCAGUUUUACCGGCGUGGGCUUGCCUAUCUCGAGGACUUUCAGAGACUUCCAGAGAUCCAACUGUCACGCUUCCUCUAUUGCCAUGGGGAGCUCAGGAGCAAUAAGGGCCUGCGGCUGCAUGUAUUCCUAUUUGAGCUGGCUCUGGUGCUGACCAGACCGGGAGAAGACCGAGAAGGCGGUCAUGUUUUCCAAGUCUACAGACAACCUCUCCCCAACGCCUCCCUAAACCUAGAGGUGAUCCCAGAUGGGGAGGGUGGUGGAGGGGGUUCGUUCAGAGGAGCGUUUACAGGGGGCAAUGACAAAGUGAAGAACUGUUUUCGUGUGAGCAGCAGGGGGCGCUCCAAGGCCCACUCCUACAGUCUACAAGCCAAUGAUUCCUUCAGUAAGCAACAGUGGAUCACGUGUCUACGCCAGGCCAUGGUCCAGUCUCGAGACAGGAAGGCCCAGGGCAGACAGUUGUUGGUGUCUCCACACCCUGACCCCACCCUGUGUCACAUAGCCGACCUCAGCCUCAGUUGUGAUGCUGACAUGGCGGACGUCACCAGCCGCUGAGUGAUGAAAGCAGCCAUUGCAGGGCCUCUUGGCUCUGUUAUAGGCGCGCUCACUAGAUCUUUGUUACCAUUUUGAGAACCUCACUGAAUGGCUGUAUGUUGUAUAGUUUUGGAACAAUGUUACUGGAUGUACAUUAACCAUGUGGGUAUCGUUUUUAAUAAAUA